UCAAAUUAAAUCACCAAAAAUAUACGAAACUAAAAGCGAGCUGAACUGAACGCAUCAUUUAAUAUUUACAUGACGUUUAGUCAGAAAGGAGUGAAGAAAACACAAAAUGUUUGCACAGAUUUCACAGGGACAAACAGAUUCCAAUAAUCCAGUUCUGUAUGAGGAAGUAAAACUGUCCAAGUCAGCCAGGGAAAGAGAAAAGUAUGAUAACAUGGCAGAGCUUUAUGCAGUCAUUAACACACUGCAGAGUUUAGAGAAGGCUUACAUUAAAGAUGCCGUUCAACCCAAAGAAUAUACAGCUGCUUGCUCAAAACUGCUGGUGCAAUUUAAGGCUGCAUUCAAACUUGUUCAGGGGGACUUCCAAACAGUGGAACAGUUCAUGAAGAAAUACAGGUUGGAUUGUCCAGCUGCUCUCGAGAGAAUUAAGGAGGAUCGACCAAUCACAAUCAAGGAUGGUAUUAGUCAAGGAAACACUAGUAAAGCAAUUGCAGACAUUGUAUCUCUAUUUAUUACUGUAAUGGACACCUUAAGAUUAGAGAUAAGAGCUAUGGAUAGGAUUCAACCAGAUCUCAAAGAACUAAUGGAAACAAUGAACAGAUUAAGUAUUUUACCCAAAGACUUUGAGGGAACUCAGAAAGUUAAGAAAUGGUUAGAUAUAUUUGAUGAGAUGUCAGCGUCUGAAGAACUUGAUGACAACCAGGUCCGACAGAUUCUGUUUGAUUUGGAGGCUGCCUACAAUGCCUUUAAUCGCAUCCUUCAUGACCACUGAAAGAGAAAAUCAAAACGCAAAGGAAAUAAACAAUAUUGCCAGUGUGACAGUAGGCCCUUGUUAUCAUAUUCUCCAAAACAGGCAUGCUUGUUACUGUUUCCAUUAACCAGGAGAAUUUUUUUUUUGUUAAGUAUACUACUGUUCAUUGUCAUAUUUAGUGAUAAACAGUAAAUGGAAAAGGUAAUGGUGAAAUUCAUUGGAAAAUGUUGAUUUUCAAUGUGUGAACAAAUGUAAAAAUAGAUCAUAGAUGUAGGUAAGAAUUCCAGCAAAAAAAAUGUUAUUUGAUUUACUUAAAUUUUGAAAAUAUAAACUUGUAAUACUAGGAUUUUAAAAAAUUUUCAUACUCUGUUUUUUGUGAUUCUUUCAAAAAUAAGAUGGAAAUCUAAGUUAUGCUUUGAAAAGUGGUAGAAAACAAGGCUUUUGUUCAGUGUUUUCUGUAAGUUCUUUCAUUCAGUAAACAUGUAUCGCUGUGGGCUAUUGGAAUUUAAGUAUGCUUGGUCUUUUUUUUCUGUCAACUUGUGUGCUGUAAAGCACUUGAAUACAUCCAUACUACAUCACCAAUAUAAAUGUUCUCUAUACUUUACUCUUAUAGUAUGUUUAUUCUUUAAGUCAAGCACUUGUAUUUUAACUAAUAAAUUCUGAAAAAAUCUUCAAUGGACCACAAUAUCAGUACACAAGAAAUGCUGUAGUAAAAUUACUUCUUUUCCCCAUUACAUGAGAGUUGUGCCUAUGUGAGUUUUUAAACAUUGUGUGUUGUUUUAAACAGAUCUGAUGUUUUUUCUUCCAUUUUGUCUUAUCCAUAACUAUGACAAGAAGUGAGAAUUUUAAUGGCUUGCACUGUUCUUCAUGGUCACUUUGACCAUUUAAAUAUCUGGAACAGUAUGAAUAUACAUGUACAUGUAUUAACUUUGAACAGUUUUUGUGUUUGAAACUCAUCAUUAAAAUUAUGCUUCUCUUAACAAGUAAAUCUUGUGCAUGAAAUUCCUGGAGUGCUUUUCAUUAUAUUGGGCUAUAUUUAUCAUUAGAAAAGUUUGAGAAUGGUAAGAUUGCUCUUUGAACAUGUUCAUUUGUGUGUAUAUUCUUCAACAUACUGUAUUGCUUAAUUUUUUUAAAAUUAUUUUUUUUUUGUUAUGCAUACAAUGUAUCAUUGUUGUCUUAAAACACUGUAAUGCACAACAUUGCAGUAAAGGAAUUAAACUUUCUCUUCUUUGACAACCACAAAAUACAUAUUUUUAAAACUUUUUUUCCUGCUACUCUUGCCUGGUAAAUGAUUUUAAUUUACAUCUAUGACAAAGAAAUUAAGUAGUAUUUAUCAUGAUUUACUCCACACUGUUAAAGGAAUGAACUUUUAGAGAACUGGUCUAGAAUCAAGAAAUAGGAGCCAGAUUGUAGUACCCUUGUAUAGUCUCGGCUAAUACAGUACUGUUCUGAGACUAAUCUUGUAGAUAAAGUAUCUGUACUUCUUGUAAUCUGUGAUACUGAGAGAUGAUGUAAAAAUACGUUGUACAGUGUACUAUUUGAUCCGGGAAGGGUCAGAAUAUUGUAAAUAAAUAAACAAUAAAAUAUUAAUAUUGUA